AUGGGUUUUUACACAGUUAUGGGCCACCUAGCUGGAGUGAUGUUCAUUCGCAAGCUCAGAACUCUUCCAGGAAGAAAACUUCUUUGUGAACUGGAAAUACUUUUAGAAUGUAGUAUAUUCAGGUUCAUAGCUCUACACGAAGCCCAAGUUGAUGGGUCUGAGAGACAGCUCCUGUCCCCAGAGUGCAAAUGUGCCACAGGGACUACUAAAGAUGUAGCAGAAGAAUCUGUAUCAGAUGAUGACAAAAGGAGGAACUAUGGUGGCGUGUAUGUUGGCCUGCCGUCGGACGCGGCCGCCGUGGUUUCCAGUCAGACGAAAGCUGCACCGAAAGAUUUAAUACCACAAAAUGCUGCUGUCACAUAUGUACACCAUGGAGUUUAGUCACUGACUGGUGCUUCCAAAAUUUGCUGCAAAACAAAAAAAUGAAGAAAAAUAACACUAUUAACCGUAGUAGUAGUGGCUGGUUUUGGAAAAGUAGUACCUUUGUUGCAUGGUUUUUGUUUUUUUUUAAAUGGUGUUCUAAAUUAGUGAUAUGUUACAAUGUUUUAACCAUCUUUACCUUUUGUUUUCUAAUUAAGAUUAGAAGGAAAUAAACACAUCAAGAUCCAAACAGC